AUGCAACUCACUUUUUCCAAACUGUUUUACUUUAAACGAAGCUGCUUUUAAUUGUAACUCUUGAUCUACUUCAACACACAGCUAUGCCUCUAACUAUAGCUGAAAAUUUAUCGCCCACACAAAUUGAUGAGUUUCAUUUCCUGCAAAAUGAGGGUAAAAAGUUAGCAGCAGAAGGAAGGUUAUUAGAAUCUCUGCAGAAGUUUGAGCUUGCGAAGCAAAUUUGUGAAACUCCAAAAAUAUUAAAGAGAAUUGAAAAACUAAAAGCAUGUUUGCAGGACCUUCUAAGUAAAUCAAAGUUGUCAUCGACUACUUCUCCAACUGAAAAUCAUACAUCGAGCCUUAAGAAUCAGUCAAAUAAAGCAGACAGUGUGUCUGACGUAAAAAAACGGGAUUCUAGUGGUACAUUUAAAACUCCUAAACCAUACACUGAUGACAAGCAUAUUUUACAUGAUGUUCAGAAUGUGGAAAAUUUUUCUGAGCGAAAGAAAACAAAUUCCACUGAUAAAUCUGAAAUGAAUGCUGUUGAUCUAGCAAAGUUCAAUCAGUUGAAAAAAACUGCUAUGGAAUUGUCCUUCAAUGGAAAAUUUGAAGAAUCUUUAAAGGUUUUCAAUCAAGCAUUAGCAUUAAACAGUUGUCCUAAAGUAAAGAAAUACAUAGCACACAUUGAGUCGAUGCUUUCAAGCCAUUCCAAGCAGUUGAAAGAGUUUGAAACAUCAGUUGAAUUGGGAGAACAAUUAGCUUUGCAAGGUAAACCAAAGGAAUCUCUCCAAAAAUUAAAAUCUGCUUUUGCUGUUUGCCCAUCUCCAAGAAUUUCUAAGAUGAUCAAAGCACUCGAGGAUUUAUCGGUUAGAAAAGUAAGUGACCCUUCAUCACUUAGUCCUGAAGAAGUAGAAGAAUUCAAAACUCUCUAUCGUGAGGCCAAAGUGCGUGCUGCUGAAGGACAACUGGAAGAUGCUCUUAAAUGCUUAAAUAAAGCUAAAAACAUUUGUGAAACAGAAAAAGUUUUGAAACGAAUAAAAGAAUUAGAGCAUAUGCAAAGUACGAAAACAGACGAUGGUGAAGAUGACGAAAAAAUGAUGGAAGUAGCCAAGGGCUUCAAAGUUCAUCACAGUAUAUAUAAGAAAUUGUAUCCAUACCAGAGAGAUGGCGUUGCAUGGAUGUGGCAGUUAUAUAACAGGCAUAAAGGCGGAGUUCUUGGUGAUGAUAUGGGAUUGGGAAAAACAUUUCAAGUUAUUGCUUUUCUAUCAGGAAUGAUUGAUGCUGACCUCAUAAAAAAUGUCUUGAUCAUCAUGCCAGUAGGAUUACUGACUAACUGGGAAAAUGAAUUCAAAAAAUGGUGUCCAGGUAUCAUGGUACAUUGCUUCCAUGGUAGCUCUAAGAAAGAGAAGGAGCGAAAUCUCUCAAAAGUUCAACGGCGAGGCCAUGUAUUACUGACUAGCUAUGGGAUGGUUGUUAGCAAUAUUCCUCUAUUAACAGAGUUAGAUGGUUCCAGAUUCGUAUGGGAUUAUGUGAUACUGGAUGAAGGGCAUAAAAUAAAAAAUCCUACGAAAACCACAAAAGCAGUCCAUGAUCUUCCUUCAAGGAAUCGCCUAGUUUUAACAGGCACACCUAUCCAGAACAAUUUAAGGGAGUUAUGGGCUUUAUAUGACUUUGCACACCAAAGCACACUUUUAGGUUCACUUAAGACUUUCAAAAUGCAAUAUGAAAAUAUCAUAACAAGAUCCAGGGAAAAGGAUGCUUCUGCAGGAGAAAAGAGAAUGGGAACUGAAAUGGCUGAAAAUCUGAAGCAGCUAAUCAAACCUUAUUUUUUACGCAGAACUAAAGCUGAAGUAUGGGGAGCAUCAGAUAGCAACCCUGUGAAUGAAUUAAAUGAGCAACUAGAAAACUUGAAAUUGGAUGUAAGAAAAAAUGACUUCAUUGUUUGGCUUUAUAUGUCAGACCCACAAAUUGAAAUUUACCAAAGUUUUCUCCAUUCCGAUGCUGUAAAAUCGAUUUUAGUUUCAAAACGAUCUCCUCUUGUAGAAUUGACAACAUUAAAAAAAAUUUGUGAUCACCCUCGUUUACUAAGUCAAAGAGCAUGCCAUCAACUUGGUUUAAAUGGCAGCUUCAGGGCUGAAGAUUUGAUUGAUGAUGAUGAGUCAGCCAGCUGCUCCUCAAUUGAAAAUGUAUCGGAUGAAACAUUAAUGCUUGAGUCGGGAAAACUGAAGUUUUUAAUAAACCUCCUUCAGAAUCUAAGAGAAAAUGGCCACAGAAUGUUGGUAUUUUCUUUGUCUCGUAAAAUUUUGGACAUGAUUCAUCGUAUUUUAACUAACAGAAAAUGGAAAGUAAUGAGAAUUGAUGGCACUAUCAGCAAAAUGGAAGAAAGAGAAAGAAGAAUACAGAUCUUUCAAACAGAUGCCUCAUAUCCAGUGUUUCUUUUGACUACGCAGGUUGGAGGUGUUGGAUUAACAUUGACUGCUGCUGACAGAGUCAUUAUUUAUGAUCCAAGCUGGAAUCCUGCAACUGAUGCUCAAGCUGUAGAUAGAAUAUACAGAAUCGGGCAGAAGAAAAAUGUAGUUGUUUAUAGAUUGAUUACAUGUGGUUCAGUGGAGGAGAAAAUUUACAGGCGUCAAAUUUUUAAGGAUUCUAUAACAAGACAAACAACUUGUUCUGCUCCUGAUCCAUACAGGUACUUCUCAAAGCAAGAGUUGAGAGAAUUGUUCUCGUUAGAAAAUCCAAAAUAUUCAGCUACUCAAGUACAGCUUGAACAAAUGCACUCUGCUGAAAGAGUUGUAUCGGAAUCUUUAGAUGCACAUAUAGCCUUUCUUUAUUCUUUGGAUAUAUUUGGAAUUAGUGAUCAUGAUUUAAUGUUUUCAAAGAACAUUAAAGAUCAUGCUGAGGACAAUGAUGAAGGGGCUAUUUCACAUGAUUACAUCAAAAAGCAAGUUGCUAUAGCACAACAAUUAAUUCAAGCUGAAGCAUCUGUUGUUGAACAAGGAUUGAAACUUGCUGGUAGUUUUGUUAAACCAUUUUCAGAGCCAGUUCGCACUUUCAAAAAACCAAGUGUGAAAGAUUUUUACAAAGCACCAGAAAUAAUAGAUAUUACAGAUGAAGAUCAAGAUGACAAUUAUAAGUUUUCAAAAUCUGCUGCAAUUACAGAAAACUUCAGUGAAUCUAUUCAAAGCUAUUCUCCUGAUAAAAAGCAUAAAAAUUCUAUUAAUAGUCAAGUUUCUUCAACUCCAAAGAAAAAUAAGAUAACAAAUUAUUAUUCAUUUUCAGAAACAAAACAUGAAACGUCAAAUAAAAAGAGUACACGUAAGUUUUUAUAUUCUCCAAACAGAAGUUAUGUUAUAUCUGAAGCUGAUCAAAGUCUUAAUUUUCAAAAAAAAAGUUUAUUUGGCACUGAAAGUACAGAUGCAGCUGAUAUUCAACCUGAUAAAAACUCUCUACAACCAGAAACAGAAGAAAGCUUAUCAGUAGUGCCUGAGGAUAGUGAAUGUGCUAUUGCUACAAAUACAGUAAAUAAACAUGACAUUGUGCAAGAAAUUGAUUCAAAGGCUUCUGAGAUUCCUAUAUAUGAUUUAACUAUAGAUGAAGAUUUGGCAAUGAAAUCACCAUCUAGUAAAGUGAUGGAUAACUUAGACAGCAAUCUUAAACUAAAUUGUAACUAUGCAUCAAAUCCUGAUAAAUCACAGAGCAGUGCAAAAGAUAAGGAUUUUGUCGAAGGUUCUGUUGAAAACUAUAUCCAUGAGGAUUUUGUUGAAGGUUCUGUUAAAGACAAUUGCCAUGAGGAACUUGUUGACGGUUCUGUUAAAGACAAUUGCCAUGAGGAUUUUGUUGAAGGUUCUGUUGAAGACAAUUGCCAUGAGGAUUUCGUUGAAGGUUCUGUUGAAGACGAUUUCCACGAUAGGAACUCCCAUGAAAAUCAUGCUGAUCCAACAAGUUCGCCCAUUCAAGCUAAGUGUACUGAGGAUUCUUCUGUCUCACAAAAAAUUGAUUUUCAUUCUCAACUUUCAAAAAUGCUGGAUACAGACUUUGAUGAUUUAGACUUUGAGAAUGAAGGUGCACGCACUCCUUAUUUUUCUUUUUGA